AUGAACUCGCCGCCGUCGCGGUCAAGCCGCAGCGGCAAGGCUGCCUGGACAUUCAUAUUCGUACUGGCAGCCUCUAUAGUCUCCCUCUCAGUCUUUGCUGGCCUCCGCUAUGACUUGUCUCGCAGCUCUGACGUCAGCUUCAUCAUCUCCCCAUGGGGCAUAGAAGCGCCCGUUUUGCCACUUGUGUUGCAGAGCUCGGCGGCGCACGUUGCUGGGCUGGUCUGGCCUGUGGAGAAAGAUGUCACGCUUUUGACGCAGAGGCUUGGAGGCGUUGCUAUCACAGAUAUUCAGGGAACUAGCUUUCUUUCGCCAUAUGCUGGUCAGACUCUUGAGAACAUCGUUGGGACUGUCACCGCGAAGGACAAAUAUAGCUUUUGGCUGAUGGGUCCGGCAUCCAACGACACCCGCCGUUCGCCAGGCAUCCGCGUAUAUGCUCCUGGUUCAGGCGCGCUCCACGCACUUCAAGCGGGCGAUGUCAUCUCUCUCACUGCACACGUCGCUGAGUUCCGCUCGCGCAGCAAGCAGGUCAAUCUCUAUUCCACGCAGCUGCAGUCCCCGACCGACUUACGCGUUCAUGCGCGAGGCAAUACCGUCGAGCCUAUAGUCCUGGGCCUGGAUCGCUCGCCGCCGACGCAACUUCUUAGUCCGUUGGACGAAGGAAAGGAUGGCUGGCUCAGCGUCCCAAACAACGUCUCAUCCAUAGACGCUACGGACGACGAGCUCCGCCCAGAUGAGUUCGGGCUGGACUUCUGGGAGAGCCUGGAAGGGUCACUCGUACGCGUUCGUGCACCAGUCGCGCUUGGGUUCAACAACCGUUUCGGCGACUUCUGGGUCCGCGGAGCGUGGAACGUUACUGGGCUCAACGAACGUGGUGGGCUGUCCAUUACGCUUGGGCCGGAUGGAUUGCCGGAUGGGAAUCCUGAGGCCGUUAUGAUCUCGAGGCCGCUGGAUGGAACGAGAAAUCCGAAGGUUAUGAUUGGCGCGGUACUGGAGGAGUUUGAGGGUAUUGUGGACUAUCAACACGGGUACUUCAACAUCUUGCCAACGACCACGCCUAAGGUCGCAGCAAAGCCUGACCUAACCGUGCCGCCUACAACAAUCAAAGCGCUCGUGGACGACACAUGCGCGAUACGAUUCGGUGAUUACAAUAUCGAGAAUAUGGGCCCGCGCUCUCACCACCUGCCCGUUGUCGCCGGACAUAUCGCAAACCACCUACUCCACCCCGAUAUCAUGUUCCUCCAAGAAGUCCAAGACAACUCUGCGAAGAAAGACGACGGCACGACCAGUGCCAAUCUCACGCUUUCGAGGCUGGCGAAAGCCGUCUACGAAGCUUCUGGAGAACUGUAUAACUUCACAAACAUCGACCCUCUUGAUAAGCAGGAUGGUGGGCAGCCUGGUGGGAACAUUCGUACGGCUUACUUGUACAACCCGACCAAAGUUGCGCUUGUCCCCGGUUCACCGGCGGGCAUGGCUGAAGACGCGACUGUACCCUCACUCGUGGACGGCAAGCUAUCGCUGAGCUUCAAUCCAGGCCGCAUAGACCCUACUAACGACGCAUGGUUUGAGACGCGCAAACCAUUGGUAGCUCACUGGAUCACUCCUGAAGGCGCGAGCUUCUUCACUAUCAACCACCACGGGAAGUCGAAAGGAGGAAGCUCCAGCACGCAGGGCGAUGCUCGUCCGCCCAUCAACGCUGGCAUCGAGCGCCGCACAGCACAGGUGCAGGUCAUUGCUGACUUCAUCGCUUCCAUCCUCGCGCUGGACCCAUCCGCAUCGAUCAUCUUAGCAGGCGACUUCAACGAAUACACCCAAACACACUCUGUGGUCGCAUCGCUUGAAGGCCUCAUGCACGACGCCGACGCCACAGCAGGCAUGCCCGAAUCUGAACGAUACACGUACGUUUUCGACCAGAACUGCCAGCAGAUCGACCACAUAUAUGUGAGCGAUGCUAUUGCUGGACGUGGAGUGCGCGCGGAACAUGUUCAUGUUAAUAAUUGGGCGGAGAGUUUGAGUGCACGGGCGAGUGAUCAUGAUCCGAGUGUGGGGAUGGUGAGGGUUUGUUAG